AUUUGUUUCCUUGGGUCAGAAGCCUGGACAACAGAGCUCAACCUCCCCCAACUCCUACGUUCAAAGUCGGGACACUCUCCUACCACCUGUAGAGAAGAGGGAGGGGGUUUAAGAUCAAGCCCAGGUACCUGAGGUUCCUAGACAGCGCCGGACUUCGGACCCUGUGUCCUGCUACUCCAGCUGGGGCUCCUCCAGAUGUCAUGGAGCUGGGUCUGUCUCCGCUUCAUCUCAGCAGCUCCCCAGAAGACCUGUACCUGGCCUCUGGGACCCCUCCUGAGACUCCCCCGCCUCUCGAUGCCCCUCUGUCUGGGGAGGUGAAGAGGUCCCAGCCUCUGCCCAUUCCAACCGGCAGGAAACUUCUUCGAGAGGAGGAGCUGCAGUCAACCUCUCUGCCCUCCAUCCCCAACCCCUUCCCCGAGCUCUGCAGUCCUUCUUCACAGAGCCCCAUUCUUGGGGGGUCCUCCAGUGCAAGGGGGUUGCUCCCUCGAGACACGAGCUGCCCCCAUGUCAUAAAGGUGUACAGUGAAGACGGGACCUGCCGCUCGGUGGAGGUGGCGGCGGGCGCCACGGCUCGCUACGUGUGCGAGAUGCUGGUGCACCGAUCUCACUCCCUGAGUGAUGAGAACUGGGGGCUGGUGGAGUGCCACCCCUACCUAGCACUGGAGCGGGCCUUGGAGGACCAUGAGUCAGUGGCAGAAGUGCAGGCUGCCUGGCCCAUUGGUGGAGACAGCCGCAUCGUCUUCCGGAAGAACUUUGCCAAAUACGAACUGUUCAAGAGCACUCCACACUCCCUAUUCCCAGAAAAGAUGGUCUCUAGCUGUCUGGAUGCACAUACAGGCAUAUCCCAUGAGGACGUCAUCCAGAACUUCCUGAAUGCAGGCAGCUUCCCAGAGAUCCAGGGCUUCCUGCACCUCCGGGGGUCAGGGCGCAAGCUUUGGAAACGUUUUUUUUGCUUCCUGCGCCGCUCUGGCCUAUAUUACUCCACCAAGGGCACUUCCAAGGAUCCGAGGCACCUGCAGUACGUAGCAGAUGUGAACGAGUCCAAUGUGUACGUGGUGACCCAGGGCCGCAAGUUCUACGGGAUGCCCACAGACUUUGGCUUCUGUAUCAAGCCAAACAAGCUUCGAAAUGGCCACAAGGGGCUUCGCCUCUUCUGCACUGAGGACGAGCAGAGCCGUAGCUGCUGGUUGGCCGCCUUCCGCCUCUUCAAGUUUGGGGUACAGCUGUAUAAGAAUUACCAGCAGACCCUGUGCCGCCACCUGUGCCCACCCUCUGGGGGCUCCCCACCCUUGAGGAGUGUCUCAGACAACACCCUGGUGGCCAUGGACUUCUCCGGCCAUGCCGGGCGUGUCAUUGAGAACCCCCGGGAAGCUCUGAGCGCCGCCCUGGAGGAGGCCCAGGCCUGGCGGAAGAAGACGAACCACCGUCUCAGCCUGCCCACCCCCAGCUCGGGCACGAGCCUCAGUGCAGCCAUCCACCGCACCCAACCCUGGUUCCAUGGACGCAUUUCUCGCGAGGAGAGCCAGCGGCUCAUCAGGCAGCAGGGCCUGGUUGACGGCCUGUUCCUGGUCCGAGAGAGUCAGCGGAACCCACAGGGCUUUGUACUGUCUCUGUGCCACGCGCAGAAAGUCAAGCAUUACCUUAUCCUGCCGAGCGAGGAGGAGGGGCGCCUAUACUUCAGCAUGGACGAGGGCCAGACCCGCUUCACCGACCUGCUGCAGCUCGUGGAGUUCCACCAGCUGAACCGCGGCAUCCUGCCCUGCCUGCUGCGAUACUGCUGCACCCGCGUGGCCCUCUGACCACCGCGCGGGCCGGUGACAUCUCGGCCCACCCCAGGCUGCCCCCCUCCUCCGGAGCUGCCCGCCCCGGAGCGGACUCAGAGCGGGCAGGAGGUGAGGCCGGGAUCAUCAUGAAUGGCUGGGGGCUCCUCUACUCUGGUUUUCUCCUCUGCUCCUUGCCUCCCUCAGGCAGAAGGUGCUCCCCGCCCAGUCUACCCUCAACUUCUCCUUCACGGAAGGCACUGGCGUGGCCCCCUCCCCUUCACGGAGCUCCUGGGUGCUGCUCAGGGACCGGACACUAUGGGAGAAAUGGGGGCAGCCAGGUGGUCUUUACACCCCACAUUUUGUACAGACUGAGAGGCCAGUUGAUCUGUUUUAUACUAGUAACAAUAAAGAUUAUUUUUUGGUA